UCAUGGGAUCCGAACGUAAAAAACACCACGGUUGACAGACAUUGGUUAUUUGGAGUAAGGGCCACUUCGCUGGAGAAUGCAGAACCUUUGUACAGUCUAAUGGACAGACCAUCUAAAAUAAGUAUGCUGCAUCAGGUGGAACUGAACAGCCUCGACGUAUCGAACCUGUUGUGGGAUAUGCAGAAAACAUGUGUGACAAAUGAGGACAUUGAAGUACUGUGGGAAAUCAAAAAUGUCUGGCUGGUUCGGAACAAGGAUCUCGAGGAGAGAUACGAAAGGAAACGAAAAUUAAUGAAAAAUUUGAAAAGGUCGGAAGAGCAGAUACAAGAUGAUUUACUUUUUAUGGCAGAAGGAUGGAACAACGUUCACAAAAUUUGCAAGUAUGGUCCACGUUGUCAGGAAAAAAAGAACAAUGUGCUUGGGGACACACAAUAUGGAAUUCACAUGAAUAGGCACUAUGAUAUCUUAACACGAUUCAUGGCAUUCAAGAACUUCCAACAAGCGAACUACAUAGUAGUUCUAAGGGCAAUGCUUGGGCGCAUAAAGAAAGUGAAACCUUUCCUAACAGGGGAAUACGGCUGUAUAGCACCAACUCCAAAUUAUGACUCGCAUAUAGCAGAGGAUGAGCCUGACUUAACAAGCAUUGACAUCUGCGACGCUAUUGCGUACAACUUUGUAUAUAUGUAUGAAUACGACGAAGAAACCAUUCUUCCAAUGGCAUAUCCUUCACAUGUACUCCCCAUUGCAGUUAUUCAGCUGUAUCGAACCAGAAACAGACUAGUUCGUCCAUUAAAAUACACAAGGGAAAGAGAUCUUGUAAAUAGCAAAAAUGUCCAACGUCUUACUAAUGAAACAAAGCCUUUAAAACAUUUGCCAAAAGCAGCACCAUACAAAAAGUAUGUAGUGGAAGGUAGACGUUCCGGGACAAAACUUAUCUCAGAUGUGCCAAUCGAACCUCCAUCCAAAAAUCCACCAUCAGAAACAACAAAAAGACUAGAAAAAUUCCGAAGAGCUUCAACUAUGUCAGGAGGAACGGGCAUGGCACAUCUGUUUUACAAGCUGCCUUUUAACAAAAUGCCUCUCUCGUGGCAGCGAAAGUUUAGUUUCAAAAAAAGACCAAAAUACAGACUGUACUCAAAGGGGACAUACAGAAAACGUUCAAGGUCAAGAUCAUCAAGUAAAGAAUCAGAUAAAAGUCGAGAAUUACAAUCCAGAAGUCCAACACCACCCAAAUCACUUUCACGAGAAAAGAAUUUGUUUGAAAUUUUUGAUAAGUCAAAUGAACAUGUUUCAUCCCAGUUGAAAGAGCAGAAUAUAACAUCAGUGAACAGUGACAAAGGAAGCAAUAAAACAGGAAGUCGACCUAUCAGUGGCAACAAUACACCAACACAAGAUGAACUAUAUUGUAAUGACGUAAAUGUGUUUCCAAAGAUCGAGGUUUGUACGGAUUCCGCGUCAGAUACCACAGAUAAACUAGAAACUCCAAAGAUAUGUUUAGAACAUAAAAAUAGCAAUCGGGGACCAGAGGAUAACAACUGGAUGAGAUCUAAUGAGUUUACAAGUUGCUUUACACCAGAGAGCACAACAUCUAUGAAUGAAUCGCAACAGAAGGACACAAUGAAAGGAAUUUCAUCAUCAACAAAAUGUAAAAAAUCAUCCACUUUGCAAAAUGCUUCAAAAGAAACAAGUUAUCAGCUCAUCAGGAUAACAACUGACGAGCCAGAUACUCAGAGUAUUUAUCAUGAAUUGAGAGGAAUCAAAUUACCAAUUUGUGACAAAAAGGCAGUGAAAGACCCAAGACUACUGCGUGCUAUGGGUUGUAUCAUAGAGAGUCCUGUAAUGGCUGGCUUUGGACCAUUUCUACGUCGAAUCAAAGAGGAACCACCUGAUGAUCAUAGUUAUGAAAAAGAUUCAGUGAAGAAAAUGAAAAAUAUUCUUCCUAUUCAAUCUAUUAAAAAGGAACCAGAACUUGAGCAAAACGAAGAUGACGUUGAGAAAGUGUUGAAAGAACUGGAUAAUGCUAUUAAAGCUAUUCAGAAUGAAAAAGAUCCAGAAAGUACAAAGCCAACAGAAGAUAAAAAAAAUAAUAAUUUGGAAAAUUGUAAAAAUAGUACAACAGGUGAUACAGAGGUGAAAAAACAGAACACUCCUGAGAAUGAUAAAGAACUAGAAAAGGAUGAAUUCCAUCCAAGAAACAUGGGGUUUUCCUCUUAUCUUCCAGAAUACAGUGACAGUAGUGACUUUGAGAGGACAGCACGUGUUUUAACUGAAGUGUUUUCUGAUAAGGCAUCGUCACCAACUAAAAAGUUACCCAUGAGUAUGUCAGACUAUUUUGGCACCAGUAAUCCAAAUGUUUCUCUCAGUUCAACAAAGACAAAUAUUGAACACAAACUGUCGGAUAUCAAUUCAGAUUGUGAAACUACCAGAGCAGUAGAAAUUACAAAGAGAAAUCAGGAAAAUGACAGUGAUAACACCUGUAAAUCGAAAGUAUCUACAGAGGUCAAAUCUGAAACCGACUGUCUUGAAUCCAGAACGGAAAGAAAACACGCCAAAAAUGAAGCUUCCUCUGCCUCAAGAAUGGUCCAUCUUAACGAAUCAGAAAAUGAUAACUCAAGUUCUGAUUGUAAAUUAGAAACAAAUACCGACAGAGAACUCAGCAAAGAGAGAAGCAGAUCAAGAUCUCUUCAUUCUUCACACAAAACCAGAAGUCGAAGUAGAUCAGUGUCCAACUCUAAAACGCACAAAAGAAAAUUAAAAAGAAAGCGAAGCAGGUCUAAUUCUCUUAGUAAGAUCGAAAGAGGUCGGGUUAAGACUAAAUCAUCACAUUCAAAAAAGAAAAAACAGAAAAAACACAAAUCCAGACGUUCUCCCUCAUGUGAGAAAAAGCGUAGUAGAAGCAAAUCAUUAUCGAUUGUUUCUGGAGAAUGGAAAGAACCCAUAAGCUUAUCAAGUCGUAGUCGUUCAAGAUCAAGCAGUUCUAAAAGAAGUCUUACAGGGAAAAAACAUGACCUUUCCAACAGCAAUGCUAAAGAUGGCGAUGAAAACAAAACAGAUUGGAAGUCCCGAGCUGAAGUAAUACGGGCUCGGGAAAACUCACCUGGACGCUUACUGUAUCUUGAACAAAGAAGAAAGCUUGACAUAUCGAAACGUUUGAUUGCAAAAGCAAAACGUCAAAAAGAGGAAGGAAUUGCAAAGAGAUGUGACAAUGGAAUUGAUGUAAUGGAUAUUCAUUACCAGAAAGUGUUGAAAAAAUCACGGCAUCUUUCUAAAACUUUUGACUCCCUGGAUGACCACAGGAGUUCUUUCGUUGAGGAUUCAAGAGAGGCGGAGUUUUCAGAGAGGAGAGGUACAACAACAAGCGACGAAUCUGUUGUAAAUUCAACGUUAUCAAAAGCCAUGACAAGUUUACUGAAGAAAAUUGUAUUUAGAGAUAAUUGUAAUCAAGAUAACAGUGCGGAAGGCAGAAUGGCGGAUAUGGUAAUAGAAUUGGUGAAAGACCAGAUGAGUAAGGAGUUACAGUCUUCGAUAGUUUCUACAGCUGGUUCAUCCACAUCUACAAUGCAGAAUCAAUCAGUACAUCCAUUUGUGCCAUACUUAAAACAAACAAGGGGCAUGGAGGAGCUAUAUGGCGCCAAUCCAUGGAAUGCUUCAACAAACAUCGAUAGAAGAUCCACUCUCAGUGGAUUUCCUGAUAAAUACAUGGAACAUACAUAUCAGAGUAAAGAGGCAGAUGACAAUCGAAGUUUGACCUCUUAUUUUCAUUCAAAAAGACGACCAUAUACAUCGAGAAAUCGCUUCAACUUCUCUCACCAAGAGCACUUGGGUGACUCUAAUCGAAGUUCUUUUAGAGGAAAGUUGUAUCAUAAAGUAAUGGAGAAAACACGAGGAUCAACCUACAGAGGAAGGUUGAAUUCUUCACGUGGGUUUCAUCAUCAGAAAGCAUGGCGAGGAAGCUACAAGUCAAGAGGCAGAGGAAAUUCGAGUUACUCCAGUUCAUCCAACUUCCGUGGGUGUAAAGAUAAGGACAGUAACGAGAAAAGAUAAAAACGGUUGUGAUCUCAAGACGAGCAUCUUAUUGUACUUCCAUACAUCCUAUAUAUGCAUAACCAUAUAAAACUAAUCAUUAGUAGACAUAAGGAAUUUGAUUUCUAACCAGAUAUUCAUAGCGUUACAGAGUAAAUAUUAUUAAUUAAAGUAAAAUAUAAGUUUGUUGCAAUGUAUUCAGUUUUCAUAGCGGGGUAUAUCUUUUCGUUGUAUUUGUUAAAACUCGUUUGACUUAAAUAAAGAAUGCUAGGCAAACCGCUAGAAUUGACAAAGUAGAACCACGCGAAUACAAAUUUCAAAUCCUGACAAUCAGUGCAUCCCAGAAUGGUAAAGUUUUUUCAUGUUUUAUAAAUGCAUGUGUCAUUCUGCAAAUAUACUUGUGAUCAACUAAUGUUUCAAGAGAGAAUUUUUGGUUUCCACAAUGUCGUUAAGAUAAGUCUUUAGUUGUGUUUGUUUUAAAAGAAGGAUUAUUGUCACCGGACAUCACACAGACAAAACAUUUGAAAUGAAUGAUUUGCAAUAAAAAUGUUGACGUGAGA